CCCUCUCUCUCUGUCUCUCUCUCUCUCUCUCUCUGUCUCUCUCUGCAGGUGUGUGGCUGGAUAUACAUUCACAGGAGAGGAGGGUGAGCUCACCUUCAGCGAGGGUGAUGUCAUCACUCUAAUGGAAUAUGUAAAUGAGGAGUGGGGGCGUGGCUGCCUGAAUGGACAAAUAGGAAUCUUCCCUCUCAACUUCGUUAAAGUGGAAACUGAAGCUUCAGGUGGAGAGAGGAAGAGAGGCAGAACUCUCUAUGAUUUCUCUCCCGAGUGUGAGGAUGAACUCUGUCUGAAGGCAGGAGACGUGCUGUGUGAUCUGGAAGACAUGGAUGAUGAAUGGUUUCUCGGAGAAUUGGGCGGGAGACGAGGCCUCGUCCCCAAAAACUACAUCCAGGUUCUGCCUGAGACCUGAAGACGUCGCGAGACGUCGUCAGAUUCAGCACAUGAUGAUGUAAACGCUGUUUACUGCUCAGAUCCCGCUGUGAGAUGGGACUGAAGAUUUUCUCAUGUUGUACUGUAGCCGUACUGACUUUUACUGACACUCCCAUCUGUAUGAUGCCGUAUGAACUUCUUGAAAUUUCUGCGUUCUAGUCCUUAAUUGUUGUGUUUUAUUAAAGCAAUAUUCCACUA